AUGUUAGUGUAUCCAGAUUUCCUAACGGAGGGAGAAGAACAAUCACUGUACAAGGAAGUGGACAAAUACGUGAAAAGAAUGAGAUACGAAUAUGACCACUGGGAUGAUGCAAUCCAUGGUUACAAAGAGACUGAGUUCUCCAGGUGGUCUGACAGCAAUAAGCAGAUUAUUCAACGUGUACGUGAUGUGGCCUUCCCACCUGGGGUGCAGCAGUUACCUCUUGUACAUGUCAUUGACCUAGCCGAUAAUGGAUAUAUCAAACCUCAUAUCGAUAGUGUCAAGUUCUGUGGUAAUAUCAUUACUGGGUUAAGUCUUCUGUCAUCCUCCAUCAUGAGACUGGUACAUGAUAAGAAUAAAGAACUCAAAAUUGAUAUUCUUUUGAAACCAAGGUCACUCUAUGUAAUGAGGGAUGCUGCCAGAUUUGACUACACGCAUGAAAUUUUGCCUGACAGUGAGUCGUAUUUCAAAGGGCGACAUGUGCCUCGGGCAAGGAGAAUUUCAAUCAUGUGCAGAAAUGAAGUUGUCAAUCAAUGAUACUCAUUAACGGCUUGUAGCCUGUAGAGCAUGUUCUUGAUGCGAAGUUACGACAUUGUUUCUCGCCAACCUACUAUAGUUGUUGUCCUUUCUUAAUCGACUGUAGUUGUUAUACAUGCUAGUCGUGGUAGUUAUCUGCAAUAUCUUGUGUUGUAUAUAUAAACUACUGAUUCUUAAAUCAAGGUCAAGUUGAACGAGUUUAUGCAUGUUAUGUAAUACACUAAAAAACUUGUUUUGGUCCCUGACAUAAAAAUAUGUAACACAA